AUGGGUCGGCGGUCAGGGCGCGAUGGAUUUCACUGGAAGGACAUCGAGGACGCGAUUGCCAAUGAUGGAGACGAGUAUUUCAACCUCUUCGACCCGCCCUACAGAGACGGUUUCACACUCUAUGGGGGAGAGGGUCAUCUCGUUGUUGUCCGCUAUGAGAUCAAUUUCCCUGCGUUCCCGACACGCCACGGUCCUCUGGACUGA